AUGCAGUUCCCCCUCAACGCCGUCGUUGCCUUUGGCCUCAUCAGCACCGCGUUAGGUGCCGGUAUUCCCGCCGCUCCAGGUGAAUCUCCUUCACCGGACAUCAUUGAUGGAUUGAAGCCCAUAUCCGCCCAGGCUUGCUACUACGACAAAGCUGUUGGCUGCAGCAAAGGAGGGUUCUGCUUCAGGCAGUGUGGCGAGCCCAAGGGUAACGGGAACUGGUGCUGGACCGUUACUUCUUCUAACGGAUGGAAGAAAUGCAAGAAGGACGGCGAUUGCAGCAUCAACGACAGAUGCAGCAGCGGUGAUUGCAAGGAUUGCGGUUGCAGCUGUUAA